UACGGACUACGGUAAGGGCAAAGGGUAAGAAAAAACGCUGCGGCUUCGAAAGCUCGUUGCCUCCUCUUUCGGCUGUUCUCUGCUGUGUUCAAACACUCUCUUCCCCCCCUUCUCUCUCGGAGCUGCUUUUGGCUCUUGCUGCUGCUUCUUAGUUCUUACUACUUUGUAAAACUACAGUGAAUUAAAGAAAACAUUGAAACAACUGCAAUGGCUGAUGGGUCCGAGGAGGCGAACGAUAUCGAGAAGCUGUACGAGUACGGCGAGCGACUUAACGAAGCCAAGGAUAAGUCCCAGGCAGAAUGUCAAGGAUUACGAGGGUAUAAUUAGAGCAGCCAAGGGCAGCGUAAAAGCGAAACAGUUGGCAGCACAGCUUAUUCCCAGGUUCUUCAAGUUCUUCCCCAGCCUCUCGAGUCAAGCCGUCGAAGCCCAUUUCGAUUUGUGUGAAGAGGAGGAACUUGGUAUUCGAGUACAAGCGAUCCGUGGACUUCCUCUUUUCUGCAAGGAUACUCCAGAAUAUGUUUCUAAGAUUGUGGACAUUCUUGGCCAACUUCUUACUGCUGAAGAAAAUGUGGAGCGUGAUGCAGUACAUAAAGCCCUUCUAUCUUUGUUAAGGCAGGAUGUAAAAGCUUCUUUGACAGCUUUGUUUAAGCAUAUUGAGAGUACUGAUGAAGCUAACACUGAUGAAAGUAUCCGUGAAAAGGUCCUGAACUUCAUUAGGGAUAAGGUGUUUCCUAUCAAAGCUGAGCUCUUGAAGCCUCAGGAGCAGAUGGAAAGACAUAUAACUGAAUUGGUGAAAAAAAGUUUGCAAGAUGUAACUGGGGCAGAAUUCAAAAUGUUCAUGGACUUCUUGAAAAGUUUGAGCCUAUUUGGAGACAAUGCUCCUCCUGAGCGUGUGCAAGAGCUAAUUGAAAUUAUUGAGGGACAGGCUGAUUUAGAUGCACAGUUCAAUGUUUCAGAUGGUGACCACAUCGAUAGAUUAAUAUCAUGCCUGUACAUGGCUCUUCCAUUUUUUAUGAGGGGUGCAUCGAACAGCAAGUUCCUCAACUAUAUCAACAAACACAUAAUACCGGUUUUUGAUAAGCUUCCUGAAGAACGGAAACUUGACUUAUUGAAAAACCUUGCUGAAAGUUCACCUUAUACAACACCACAGGAUUCUCGCCAGCUUCUUCCAUCUACUGUUCAACUAUUAAAGAAAUACAUGCCCAUGAGAAAGGCUGGAGAAGAAAUGAAUUUUACUUAUGUUGAGUGUCUGUUGUACACUUUCCACCAUUUAGCUAGUAAGACUCCUAAUGCAACGAAUAGUCUUUGUGGUUAUAAGAUAGUCACUGGCCAACCAUCAGAUAGGCUUGGAGAAGAUUUUUCUGAGAACUUUAAAGAUUUCACUGAGAGGUUGAGUAAUGUGGAGGACCUAGCGAGAGCCACCAUGAAGAAAUUAACCCAGGGUAUGGCUGAGCACAACAAGGCAAUGGCAGCUGCUAAGACUGAUGAAGCAAAGGCUAACAUUAAAGUAAAAAAGCAGAAUACUACAACAGGGUUGCGAACCUGCAACAAUAUUCUUGCUAUGACCCAGCCUUUGCAUUCCAAAUCACCUUCGUUUAUUGGGGACAAGAAGAUAAAUCUCUCAUGGAAAGAAGCAGCAAAGCCUUCAGUACCAUCAACCACUGUUCCAGCAGGGGGUAAACGAACUGCUACAGCUACUAAUGGUUCAGGUGCUCCUGCAACCAAAAAGGGACGUGGUGAAGGUGUGCAGAACCAACUAGUUAAUAGGGCAUUGGAGGGUUUAUCUCGUGGUGGCAGAAGUGGUGGGAGAGGUAGAGGUUGGGGUGGACGUGGAAGAGGAAGGGGGUAUCGUUAAGUUUGCUUUCUUGUAAGUUGUUAUCAUGAGUAAAGGUCGUUGUGGAACUGGUCGUUGCAUUUUUAUCCUGCAUCUUGUAAAUCAUAUCUUCAGAAAGGGCUAAGGAGGUUGAAUUUGAAAAAAAGCUGGCGAGAGAGAUUCAUUUCAGAUUAAGAGAUCUAUUGUCAAGUUCUGAAGAUUUUCAUGCUGAGUGACGUGGGAUUAGGCUUUGCAUUUCCAAUCCCAUCUUAAUUUAGCUGGUAUCAGCUGCAGCCUGUAAAAGGAAGGAAAAAAAAUAACAAUGUAGCCUGUAAAAGGGUUUGAGAUUAGUUGAGAACUCUUGAAAUUCCAGUGCAAUCCAUCUUACUAAAGCUGCACUUUCCACUAAAGAAAAAAAAAGUGUUUCUUACCACUUGGUUUGAUUCAUGUUUAUUAUGACUGACAAAGUUCAUUCGAGAGCUAUGGAAAUUGACUCCAUCUAUACCUGUUUGUGCCAACGCUUAGAUUAAGAUGAGUGAUAAUGGAUUGAUAUGUA